AUGGAAUCACAAAGUAAUGAUUUCUCAUACUUUCUUACCGGCGAAAGAGAUUUAGAAUCCCUGGCAGAAGAUUAUUUUAGCGCCAGACCAGUAGAUGAGCAAGAUGAUCAAGAGGACAACUACGGUUCUGACUUCUACAGCAGCAAUGAAAGUGAUCAGGAAAUUGACUCCGAUGUUGACUUUCACUUUUCGGAGCGUGAUACAUCUGAGCGAUCAAAAGUGCAGGCAUUUGUGACCAAAACAUGUGGACGUGCACAUGGAUAUAAAGGAAGUCCAUGCAGCUCUACUAUUUAAGUUGAAGAUAUCGUCGAUUGUCGAAACAACUGUGCGGAACUUUCCUCGACUGAACUAGAUCUAGUAAUUUUGGGAAUGAUCCACAGUGCCAUAAACUGUGACCAGGUUAGCUAUUCAGGAAGAGCAGAGAAAACGAGGCAGCGAACCAGGAUGUCUUUCUAUUUCCACAGCCACUGAAUCUGCCUGAAAACUUUUCUUUUCAUGCAUCGUCUCCACAAGACCAGAUUCUACAGUCCCUGUUGCGAGUUUGGUUAAAGGUUCGUCUCAAAAUGUCUACCAUGUGCAAAGUUAAAACAUAGCUGGCUAUUCCAAAUGCGUGUUUUGUAAAAAAACGUUCUAAAAUGCCUAGAUUGUACAGAGUUCUAACAUAUCUGGUUUAUCUAAAGUUAAAAAUGCGAAUUUAAUGUCGAGGGCUAGUUGUAGGCAUGUUAUGUGUGCUACAGAUGUAUCACUGACAGUAGUGUUAAUUGCAGCUUCAGUUGUUGGCUGAAUUUCUCAAGGAACAGAACCAAAAACAAGCCGAGCUGAAGAGAACUGGAGAUCAACGCGUAGAGACAAGCGAGGCGAGCAUUCAGUGUCACAUGAGUACGAGUCCACCUUCUACAGCUGAUGCAUCAGUACAGACCGACUACUACGACGUGACGACCAAGCUCCGACAGCAGGUAUUGAACCUGACAGAAGUACUUAAGGAGUUGACAGCACUUAAGUGUCUCCACCAGCAUGAGCUGAAGCCCACUGCUUUACCGUUAUUUGAUGAGGAUCCAGAGUUUCCAACAUUGGAUUCAGAAGCAGUCGCAUCUCUGGUGAGUUUCUGUAGCAGCCCUACUGUCCAGACUUCUCAGGAAACAGCAGAGCCCAGUGAACCUCAGCAUCCCGUCCUGAGUAUGUUCCGUCAAAUCAACAGAGAAAACCUGUCGCCCGUGUUUCCACCUCAAAUGGCUCCAUCAAGACCACCCCUGCAGCCUGUUGAUCAGAACGUUACUCCAUUAGUGUCAAGCAGCCACAGUCCAACGGAUGAACAGUGA